AUGGGGAAAACGUGUGUCGCUUACGGCUGUAGUAAUGUAAACAAGGAUGGCGUUUCAUUACACAGCUUCCCAAAUCCUACAACUGAAAAAGAGCGAUUUGACGAGUGGAACAGACAAGUGAAACGGACGCGUCUUCAUUGGACCGGCCCUCCGCUUCCCUAUCUGUCUGCUGCGUGGAGAUCCUGUGUUGUCUGCUCUGAGCACUUCACGUUGGACUCGUUUGAACACAUUAAUUCGGUGGCAGCGUCUUUGGGGUACAAGACACGGGCUACAUUAAAACCUGAUGCCAUCCCAACAGUCUUCAAACGAAAGAAGCCGAGCGAGGCUUCCCCGACUCCCGCAAGGACGGACAGACGCACACUUCUGACCCACAAGCUCGAACACCGGAGGAUGAUAAAUUCUCUCCUUAUUCCUGCCAUGGACCCUGUGCAUCCAUCAACAUCAGCGGGCUCCUCGAAUGAAGAUGAUGGCAUUGGCACCUUUACACCUUCACUUCAAGAUCAAUCCACACAAACCACAUUCAGAAACAAGUCAACGUACAGGAGCAAAGGAGUUUCAGUUCGACCCCGCCAGCGUUCCGUUUCCAUACAGUGUACUCUACCAUCCAAGAAGGCAUGUAGCUCGGAUUAUCCAAUUCAUAUUUUUGAAGUCCAUGAUGAGGAUGAGGAUUUCACCAUAGAGGAAGCUGAUGACCCUGAUUACAUCGCAGAUGAGCAGGACAUUAUUGAAGAGUCAGAAAGGAUUGAAUCAUGGCAGCCGGGAGAAAAAUUUUACUUGGUUUCAGAGAGCAGCCUUUUUGGGGACGGAAGAGCAGACAGUCCAGGGCACUCGGCAAAGUAUGGUACAUACACAGUAAUGGAGAGGAAAAGCAAAACAAUAAUUGCUUCCCAGCUUGUACAGUCAAAUGAAGUCACCUCAAGCGUAGCUAUGGAGAAAGAAGGUUUACUCCGAGCAUUAGAUCAGCUCAACAGAAAUGACGUUGUCAUCAAGGAGUUGGUUACAGAUAGGCAUCUAUCAAUUCGCAAAAUGAUGAGAGAAACAAAGCCUGAUAUAAAGCACAGUGUCGACGUCUGGCAUCUUGACAAAGGUUUAGGAAAGAAGCUUCUUGCAGUCAGUAAAGAGAGAGACUGUGGUCUUGUCAGUGAAUGGAAACAGUCCAUCUCAAAGCACAUCUAUUGUCCUGUGGGGUCCUGUGGGGUCCGGUUCUUUGGGGUCCGGUUCUGUGGGGUCCUGUCCUAUGGGGUCCGGUUCUGUGGGGUCCGGUUUUGUGGGGUCCUGUCCUAUGGGGUACGGUUCUGUGGGGUCCUGUCCUGUGGGGUCCGGGCCUGUCCAGUGGGGUCCGGGCCUGUCCAGUGGGGUCCGGUCCUGUGGGGUCCUGUCCUGUGGGGUCCUAUCCUGUGGGGUCCAGUCCCAUGGAGUCCGGUCCUGUGGGGUCCUGUCCUGUGGGGUCCUGUCUUGUGGGGUCCUGUCCAGUGGGGUCCUGUGGGGUCCAGUCCUGUGGGGUUCAGUGCUGUGGGGUCCUGUCCUGUGGGGUCCAGUCCUGUGGGGUUCAGUGCUGUGGGGUCCUGUCCUGUGGGGUCCAGUCCUGUGGGGUUCAGUGCUGUGGGGUCCUGUCCUGUGGGGUCCUAUCCUGUUGGGUCCAGUCCUGUGGGGUCCGGUCAUGAGCACGUACCUGUCCUGUGUGGUCUUACAGGUGUGGCGCCCCAGCCAUCCGUCACACACAGUGUGUAUGCUGAACAUGGGGGUCAGGACCCCCUCCAGGGCUCCCCCUUGGCCCCUCUCUGUCAGGACCCCCUCCAGCCCCCCCCCUCGGCCCCCCUCUGUCAGGACCCCCUCCAGCCCCCCCCGUCUGCCCCCUUCUGUCCUCUGUGA